CAAAUCGAUUAAUCAACGGUGGAACUUAAUACAGAAUUUGAUGAUAUUCAAUAAUCAUUCCUCUCAUCUCUAAGUGAGUACAAUGUAAGAUUGAGUUUAAUUACAUUUCUCGAAUAAAAAGAUGAUUUAGUUGAAAAAAUCCCAGAAAUCAUACAAUACAUUAUAUAAUAGAGGAUUCAAAAUACUAAAUGAACAACUACAACUAUUUUUUUAUCAUAAAAACUAAAUGAAACAAUUAAUAUUUUAGAAUAAAGAUAGAAUCUAUUAUAAAUAAAAGAAACAGGCUUGGGACUAUUAUAUAAUAUUCAAUUUAACGUUAGAAGCACAUGUUCGUGAUCAAAUAUGGAAUAAUUAUUCUUACAAAAAUUAAUACAUAAAUCAUCAGUUGAGCAUCUAUCCUUAAGAAGUAAAGAAGUUGAUAAAUUUAAUGGAGAAGUCUUAUAAUAAAAUUUUAGUUAUUUGGUAAGGUUAUUAGAAUUAUAAUCAUAUUCUUUGGGGUUAAUAUACAUUUGAGGAAAAUGGAUAGAAAAAAAAUUAUGUAUGAAUGUUUUAAGAAUGAUAAGUUGGAAGGAGUAUAGCACUUAAUGGUGAUACACUUUAAGGAUAAUUUAGAAGAAGUAGAAUCUAAAGAAGAGGUACUUAUAAAUUUAGUUUUUGAAAUAUUUAUAUUAGUAUUAUAUUGAU